AUGCCCUUCUCUGCAGGAAGAAGAGUUUGUGUUGGAGAAAGUUUAGCCAGAGUGGAGCUUUUUCUGUUUUUUUUUACUGGCCUUCUGCAAACCUUCACUUUCUAG